CCUCAAUUGCCUUUGUAAGUUAAGCUUAGAAUUAGCACCGAUAAGACACGGUGCUGGCGGUCUUUCUCGCUGCUCUGCGCUGCUCUUCUUAGCUGUCGUUUUUUAGAUCUCUCCUUGGCCUUCCGACCAUCAAAUGAAAAGCAUUCACCAAACCGUUCUUCCACUCCCACCUUCCACGUUGGCGGUCCAUCAAUAUCCACGUCGAAUAGCUGGACAUGCCACUAGAGCUCUGAAGGAAGCCUCUACUAUCUCCAACGACACCGGCGAGUCUGACCUUCAAUCGAAAGCUUUCGGAAUAUCUAUUUCACAGUUGGACAACGGUACAAUCGCCCACAUAGCGUUCGCCACAGAUACAGCUGUGUACCUCGUUGACGCCGAUAGAGAUGUACGAGGAAAUGCCACUGUAGACAGGAGUUUCAGGAACUUCCUGGAAUCUACCACAACAGUUUUAGCAGGGUUUGAUAUGCCUCGGAUCGCUCUCAGACUCCGUCAUCAUCUAGGACAUCACGUUCGAGGUGUAGACCUAUCUACGCUUUUUUCUUCUAGUACUUCGACAUGGCACCCUUCAAAGGUUGUACAAAAGCUUUGCAAUGUCAAGGAUACUUUCGGCGUCGAUCGGCUUUGGCAUGAGAAUGAUCAAGAUGAAAGUUCCGUGGAAAAGUUGUGCUUGAGGGCAUGGAUUUCUGCGAAAGUUGCAAGGUCAGUCGCGGCUAGACAAACCAUCGAGAGCGCACGGAGAGUCGAUACCCGUCACCUCAAAAAAGCUGUACUCUUGCGUCUGGGUAGUCUACUCCGACAGACCGAUGUCUUAGCCCGAGCUGUUCCAAGAGUGACCAAAAACGAACACGCUGCCUAUAAAUCUGGUAAGAAACAGAACAUGGAGUUGCAAAAUGCGCGCUACAAGACUCGGGUGCGAGUCAGCACACAGUCAUAUGUCGAGGUAGUGAGCGACAGCGGAAAGAUUCACCGAGGUCGAGCUAUUCGUGCUCACGGGAAAACCACAGAAAUCUCCUUUUCCCGGGGAAUUCCAACCACCGUGUCGUCAAUUUGCAUCGUUGGCCUGGACGAGCCUGCUCCUGCUGAAAAAGCUCGGGAUGCACUUCUUUUGAGGGCUCUGCAAGACGAGGAAAACCUUCUUGAUGCAGAUUUUGUUCGGUUUUUGUGGUUUCUAACAAAGGAAGACGAGGAUUCUAUACGCCCGUCACCCAAGUCCACCAGAUGCCUCAAAUCGUUAAAAGCAUAUUUGAAAGAUCUCAAUGGUUCACAAGCAGAGGUGGUGAAAGCGAUGACUUCUCAGGAUCCGAUCGUCGUUGUACAUGGCCCACCUGGUACAGGUAAAACCACGACGAUAGCCUCCGCUGCCGAGAUAUGGUCCAAAAUGGAUUCUCUUCCCGUAUGGAUCGUUGGUCAUUCGAAUGUCUCAGUGAAAAAUAUCGCCGAAAAGUUGUUGAAAAAAAAAGUUGAUUUCAAGUUGAUAGUCUCAAAGGAAUUUUACCUCGAAUGGCAUGAACACAUCUACGAACAAAUAUCGGAAAAAUUAAUCCGCACAGACGAACUACCAGAUAACACCCUCGGGAUGAGCCGUUUAAUUGGCAGCUCUACGGUGAUCCUCUCGACCCUUGGUCUCUUAUCGAAUCCCGCUCUCGAACAGAAUGGUCUCUUUAACGUUGUACCGUUUGAACGGCUUGUCGUUGAUGAAGCAUCUCAGAUCAAUGUGUUUGAAUAUAUGGUGCAUUUUACAUUGGUCGUUGUUGAUUUUUGUGGCUAAUUAGAUCAAUCUCCACGCCUCUGUAGCAUAUAUUUCAUAAAUUCAGGAAAUCUCUGGUGAAAGUGUCAUUUUUUGGAGAUCCGAAACAAU